UUGAGUUCUAAACGCGCGCAUUAAAGCCCAGCAGGCGGGAUACAGACGCGCAUGCGCACUGAGUCACUGGCGGUUUGAAACUAUGGCGGCGACGCAGUGUUUCUCAGUAACAGAGAGUUGGAUACGAGAAAGGCUGAACCUGCAGCACCAGUGUUUAGCGGAUGUGCGCUCAUUGCGCCUGCCAGGGACAUUUCAGACUGGGAAAAUAGGCAGUCUGGGGAUUUCUCUCAAAAACUUUGUACGAUUAAAAAGUCUGGACCUUUCUUAUAACGCCCUCGUUUCUGUAGAGGGCAUUUUGCAUCUAAAGUCGCUUGAGAACUUGAAUCUGUACUACAACAGAAUCUCCUCUCUUAAGGACAUCCUGUCUUUAAGCAAUCUUCAAAAUCUAAAGGAGCUGGACCUGAGGUUGAACCCUGUCGUGGAAAAAGACCCCUUUUACCACCUGUACUUAGUCCAGGCGAUCACUAAGCUUCGCAGACUUGAUGACCGUGCUGUGAGGGACAGAGAGAGAAAAGCGGCUCUAAUGCACUUCUCCUCAGAGUCAGGACUCGAGUCGUGUCAGAAAUCUCCACUUUGUACAAUGGAGAUAAGGACCAGGAGUAAUAAUAAUCCUAGGAUUGCUUCAGUCAACAGGAUGAUGAUGUCGAAGCUCAUUCUCGGGGAAGGUAAUGAGGAAACAGUGCUAAAUCAUAACUUGAACAGGAGCAGGAACAUACUGACUCUGGAAGCUCAUACUAAAGAGAGCUGCAAAAAAGAAUCUACUCGUUUGCAAGAAAAUCCAUCAGAAAUCCUAAAUCUACUUCAUGGUUAUAAUUCGGGAUUUUCUACUACACAGAAACAGGAAUUUCAAUCCAAACUUAGGAACAGCCAUAAAAGCGAGACUCGCCACGAUGACGAACUACAGCCCUUGAAAGAUGUUCCGAGAGUCACGUUUGUUGAACCGUCUGUAAAAGAUGCUCUUCUAGUAACAUCACACCCGUUAGAAUACAGGCGGAAAGUUAUUUUACUUUACAUCCCAGCAACAAAAAUGCUUCUUCAAGGAGAUGACCAGCCUGCCUGCUUGUCAAAAGAUUACAAAGAUUACUCUGAGAGGAGACUGCACCCACCCAGACUGACUUUCCAAAGCUCAGAAGAUGGAGAACCUAAAAGAUGUUCAAAAGCACCUGAGAGGUCCAGAAAAUCCUGUAAGGGGGCGUACAGGAAACCGAUGGAGAUGCUCCUCGGUUUGGUGGAUGAGUACUGGUCAGGCAAGACAAAGGAUCACGAUACUAAGCACUUUUUCAUGGACGCUGUGCGGAUCCUCUGCAUGAUGGAACAGGAGGUGACUAACAGAGAAAGCGAAAUGACUGCUUUGAGAGAGCAAAUGCGUACACUGAGAGACAAGAUGGAGAUAGGGAAGAGAGAACAUCGGUCAGAGAUGCGGCGGCUUUCUGAUCGGCUAAAGCAUGCACACGGAAACAUCGCGCACCUCGAGCAAGAGCUGAGGAGCGUUUUAGAGGAGAACGUGUCUCUACAGAAGCAGCUGAUCAGAUUAGAGCAGCAGCUUCUCUCCGAUAAGCUGAGGGAAAUGCCAAACACACAACGCUGAG